AUGCUUAGUUCCCUUGCAGAUCCAAACAGUCAGAAUGAUUAUAAAAUACCCACGGCAUUAACGCUCUAUUCAGCCAUUGUAACCUGGUCUUAUUUGAUCAUCAAUAAUCCUGUAUUCCAUCAAUUAUGUUAUGCAAUCUUGAUCUUGGGUAUCGUUUAUCGAUCCACUUUGCUGUAUUACAAGAUACCUGAAACAAUAACCUAUGAGCGUCCUCGCAUGCAAUCCUUAUUGUGGUUAUCUGCUUCUGGGUUCAUUAUUGCUUUUAUUCUCUGGAAUAUUGAUAAUGAGUUUUGUGGACAACUAAGAUCUUGCUUCACGGAUGGUAGCACAUUAGUACAGCUAUUAUUUUAUCGUGUUUUGUGA